CAUGGUAGAUUAUUUGCUGCUUCAAUAGAUAAAUGUCCAGUGGAUGUUUGGUUACAACAUGGUUACAAGGAGAACAAGACUAGUUCAUCUACAGACAAAAUCCUUGUAGGCCUAUAUUUGACUUCACUUUUCUUAAAGCAAAAUCGAAAAACCAUUAAAGGAACUGACUGACUCCCGUCGACCAUGGGCUGUUACAAACGCUGUUACCUCCGCCACUGGGCGCUGGCGGUUACGGACCUUCACGGAGUCAAACACAUCGCCGGGGACGGCGGCAUCCUACGCCGUCUGAUGUGGGCGGUGUUCUUCCUAGCCGCGCUGGUCAUUUUCCUGUACCAAGCCACGCAGACCAUGAUCCACUUCUUCGAGUCGCACCACAUCACCAAAGUGGACAUCUCCUACCGGAAAAAGCUGGACUUUCCGGCCGUGACCGUCUGCAACUUCAACAAGUACCGGGAGUCGGCGCUGACGGAGCGAGACAUCAGAAAUGUCGGCUACCAUUUGGGCAUCGUCGACAAGGACCACAAUCUCAUCAACCCGCAUCUGUACACGGAGGAAUUCAGGCAGAAGAUGGCGGCUGUUGAUUGGUCGGUGCAAGAUAUUGACUCUAACUACAACAUGACGGAGUUUACCAACCGUACAGGGCACCAGUUGGAUGAGAUGAUAGUGGAGUGCUCUUGGAAGGACGAACCCUGUUCUCCCGCCGACUUCCACCACAUCUUCACCCAUCUUGGAAACUGCUACACCUUCAACCAUGUCGACUUAAAGGAAGAGCGUCAUUCCUCGAUUUCUGCGGGAGCAGCCAAUGGUUUGAAAUUGACCCUGGACAUUCAGGAGGAGGAGUACACGCCUAGCAACGACCUAGACGGAGCAGCCGAGGAUGCAGGAAUCAAAUGGAUGCUGCAUCAUCCUUCAGAACCACCUUACGUCAAGGAGCUGGGCUUUGGGGCCGGGCCCGGCCACCAUACCUUCGUCGCUGUUCGUCAUGAGGAGGUACAGAGUCUGCCUUACCCCUACACUACGUGCAUGGAGAACACAGCGGGCCUUCUAGACUACUUCGACCAUUAUUCGCUGCAGGCGUGCCGGAUCGAGUGUGAGACCCAGAUUGUAGUAGAGCGAUGCGGGUGCAAGCUGGUCGAACAACCGGGGGACGCCAGGGUCUGCAACCCGGCCGAGUCACACGAAUGCGCUCACAUCGUGCUGGUUCAAGCAGUGGCGGGCCACAUAGAUACCCCCUGCAAGUGCGAUUCCCCAUGCGAGGUUGAAGGCUACCCCUUCGUAAAUACCAACGUCAAGCUACGCGCCAGGUACAUAGAGAGAAUAUACAGCAACACCACGCACAACUUCUCUGCCGAUUACAUACAGAACAAUCUCGUGCUUCUAUCUAUUUAUUACGAGGCCCUCAAUGCUGAGACUGUGACACAGCUUCCUGAGGUGACCAUACCUAGCCUGCUAGCUGCUUUGGGUGGGAACUUUGGCCUGUUCCUUGGGGCCAGCGUCCUGACCAUAGUAGAGCUUUUCGAGUAUCUCUUCGAUGAACUGACAGCGUCCUGCACGGUCGGGAAACGCUCCAAUCGCACCGGCAAUUCCCGCGCCGUCUUGACGGCCAAGGAGAAGAAUACAGCGAAUACCACGAAUACCGAAAUAUCGGUCAUCAGUGUCGAAGAAGAGAUUAAGAUCAAAUAAUAGGGCCUGAAAGUCAAGGUCUCGCCAAGAGCUCGCGGUGGAACCCUUGCUCGGUUUCGCUCGUACCCCCCCCCCCCCCCUUGGUUUGCCUAUGGUAUUUGAUAUUCGGUUGCCUUUUAUAAUUUUUGGCGAAAUGAUUUUUUUAAUUUAAGCACAAUCAUAUUAAAAUGUUAUAUUGUAUUCCUCAAGUAAAUUAAAGGGGAAACACUUUUCAAGGGUCCCGGAAGCGCUACCAAGAGUGAACUUUUAGGCUGUAUACUCUGCAAAUAAGUACGGCAGACUGGUGGCGGGACUGUGCCUUUGAUGAUACAAGCAUGGCACUUGGCACACAGUCAGGGUAUCUCUUAAGGAAGAUAUUUUGCUUUAGGGCCAUUUUUGGCUUGGCGUCAAACAGAAUCAAUAUUUUUCCUGCAUUACCUAAAUUAUGAUCUUUCAAAUGGCCUAUAGACGAUAAUAAUUUAUAUUGUUAUACCUCUGUCUUAAAUACUGUAUUUUCAUUGGCCUAUAGAACGAUCACGUGUUAAGUUGAUAAAAAGUCACGGCACACUAGGCUGUGAGAUAUCACGUAUGUGAUAUCCACAGGGAGUGUGCUAUGAAUUUGUACGUACGGUAUGACGGUGUGAAACGCUUGUAUCGU